CUCGUGUUAAUAAGUACUUAUUCUCGUUUCAUGCCUGAAUUACCUGAGGUCCAACGUGCGGUGAAAUUAAUAAGAAGAGUGGCUCUAGGCAAGAGAGUUCUUCAGGUGGACGUUGCGGAGGACAAUCUUGUGUUUUCUGGAAGUUCGUCCGAAGCAUUCGCAGCGGAGAUCACAGGUCGAACAAUCACGAGUGUAGAUCGAUAUGGAAAAGUCUUUUACGUUAUACUCGAUGGCGAGGGGAAGAUGCCUGUUUUACACUUUGGGAUGACUGGCAUGCUUCAGGUGAAAGGGGAACAGCCCAUGCACUACAAAGAGGCACCACAAAAGGUUUCUACUAUUUGGCCUCCACGUUUUAUGAAGUUUAACUUGCAUUUAGAAGAGAACACGGGAGAUAUUACACAACUAGCUUUCUUGGAUGCUCGCCGACUUGGUCGCAUACGGUUGCGCGCCUCACCCACUACCGAACCGCCGAUUUCCGAGCUUGGCUUUGACCCAAUCCUGUCGAUGCCAGCAUUGGAUGAGUUCUCAAGCUUGGCCUUGAAACGCUCGUGUCCCAUCAAGGCUCUAUUAUUGGAUCAGUCUUUUAGUGCUGGGGUGGGAAACUGGGUGGCUGAUGAAGUUCUGUACCAUUCUCGAGUUCACCCCGAACAGAGGUCCAAUACUCUUUCUCCCGAACAACUUCAAUCAAUUCAUCAGGAAUUACCAAAUAUCUGUCGGACAGCAAUAGCUGUGGAUGCAGACGCCUCCAAGUUUCCCGAAAAUUGGCUGUUCAAUCAUCGUUGGGGGAAGGGCAAGAAAGCUCAUGGUCUCAAAUUGCCCAACGGAGACCCAGCUUCCAUCAAAUGGAUUACUGUAGGUGGCCGGACAUCGGCAUAUGUAUCUGAACUUCAGACCAGGCGUCACGACCACGCUGAAAAGGAGGAAAGAGAAAGCGAUCAGACAUCUCUCGGAGAAGACCAUCAUUCGCAGGAAGAACCGAACACCGGGAGACAUCGACGAAGGACAAUCAGUGCAACUGAUGGGAGUUGUCCGAAAAAAGCGAAGACGCGAAGCGGGAACAAGGCAAAGUAG